GGUCACACUUGAAAGCAACAGUAAGCUCAGUGUUGAUGGGCAGACGUUGUGCUCAGUUGAUAACGAGCAUUUAUCGCGCUUCGACUGUUUGUUCAGGACAAGGUGGACAUGGCCACCAGGAUAUCCAUGGCAGUCAAGGCACUGUUUAAGAAGUACCCCAUGGCUUCUAAUGCAGUGGUGUAUGGAACACUUAUAACAGGGGCAGAGUUCACGCAGCAAACUAUGACAAAGAAGAUUUUGGUGAAAGAUUCAGAACGUGAGCAGAUUGACAAAGGAUCCUUGGGCCGAUACGCAAUAAUGGGGACAUUAAUUUACCCUAACAUCUUAUACAUAUGGUACAGAUGGUUGGACAGGCGAUAUGUAGGGACUGCAACAAAGACGAUCGUGAAGAAGCUGCUGCUAGAUCAGUUUGUCUUAACUCCACCUCUCCUAUGUGCCUUUUUUAUUAUUAUGAGUGCAAUGGAGGGGAAAGCUGACAUACUUGAAGAAUGUAGGAGAAAAAUGGUACCAACAUUUCAGACAAGCUGUAUGUUCUGGCUACCAGCACAAACACUGAACUUUAUUUUUGUACCUCCUGUGGCACGUGUCGUAUAUGUGGGUACCUGUGCUUUCAUCUGGAUCAACAUCCUUGUUUGGAUCAAACGACAGAAAUAUUAAGCAUCAGUGACUGCCCUCCCUGCUGAUAUCAGGCCACAUCACACUGUUGAAACCAGAGGGACUGUAAAUAUCGAAAACUUUCAUCUCACUCAACAAACAAACUGCAAACCCUCUGCUAUGAAUGCCACAAGGCAGAAUCAACUAGUCAAGCCUAUGUAAGUUUUGAGGUCAAGCCUAGUUUAACAGCAUCAUCAUCUCUGCAAGAUAAGUCUCAUCUGGAUCAGAUAAUUAAGAUGCAAGUUCCUAAAGUGACUAUACAAAAUCUCUGGAAAUCACUUGUAUAAAUACUGAAACAAAUGCAAAAUUCUGGAGACUCUCGAUAUUCAGAAUCUGCUGUGAUGUCAUAAGUGACAGAGACUGGUCAAUGUAUACCAGGUGGCACAAGAAGAGUGUUCUUUCAAAAAAUUAUAAAAAUGCAUGACUUGAAUGAAACUCGUACAAGCUGUGUAGAACAGGCCUAAAGAUGUGUACAUAAAGUUUUAUUUGCUUCAGACGACUUGUUAUACAGAAAAAUAUUUUCAAUUUUGAAUGUUAAAAAUACGCAUUUUCCUAGUCAGAAUCUAAGAAAGUCAUUAUCUUUUUUGAGAUCAAUUCUGACAAAAAGUGUGAUUGAAUUAUGAACAAAAUGCCUAUUUUUAACAUUCAAAGUGGACAAUAUUCUUCUCUGUUAAUGAAUUAUCUGAACUGAAAAAAAUCUUCUUGUACACAUAGGUAUGCUCUACACAACUCAUAUGAGUUUCAUUCUGAUCCACACAAUCAUUCACUUUUACCAUACUUUUUCUUUUUCCACCACCCAUUACACACAAAACUUACAGGACCCUGUCCUUACUAGCCAAGAAAUAGCCCAAAAGGAAAGCAAUGGGUGAGGUUAAGCAGUCAGUCUCACUCCAAUAGUAACUUCAUGUUGAGAACGUUUAUAAUUCAGACUAGAUACAAUCCUUUCAGCCCAAAUAAAACAGAAAUGCAUAAAGUUACAUAAUAGUCUCGUGGGAAAUUAAAAUAUGGAGAUGACAUACAAACAUUUUUCUCUGAGCUUUCUUCUUCCUCCAGACUGCCAGAUUCUUAUUGCAGGAAUGUUUCCCUGUCUGUGACAAGAAUAAAUGAUAUCCUGACACACAAUUAUACAUUCAGGUUUAAAAAAUGUUAUAAUGUAAUUUGUCAAUGAAGUGCUCUUUUCUUAUAAGCUGCCACAUUUACUGGAAUAAAGGUUGCCAAAUA